AUGGAGGGACAGGCCAUCAAAGCCCCAACCGACCAUGUCGAAUCAAAAAUUGAAUCGGCAACAGUCAACGCUCGCAAUGACAAAGCGAACAAGAUCUUGAACGAAUCAGGGCAGCGUGUAGUCCUGACGCCGGAGAACAAUUCGCGAGUCCUGAGAAAGAUUGAUCUAUUCGUCCUACCCAUCGUCCUGGGAAUAUACUUUCUUCAAGCGCUGGACAAGGCAACUUUGGCAUAUGCCUCAGUUUUUGGACUCGUGGAGGAUGCGAAUCUCCAUGGUCAGCAGUAUUCGUGGUUGGGCUCGGUGGUCUACGUCGCUCAACUGGUGGCGCAGCCUCUUAUAGCAUAUAUGCUGGUCAAGUUGCCGCUGGGCAAGUUUCUCGCUGUCAUCGUUUUGCUCUGGGGUAUCGCACUUGCAUCCAUGCCUGCAGCGCACAACUUUGGAGGAUUGUUGGCAUGCCGCCUGUUUCUUGGACUAUUCGAAGCCGGCGUGGCUCCUGCAUUUAUUGCUUUAACCCAGAUGUGGUGGCGUCGACGUGAGCAACCGGUUAGAUUGGGUGCAUGGUACGCCAUGAAUGGCAUCACAAACAUCUUUGGUUCGCUAUUGACCUAUGGCAUCGGCCAUAUCGACUCGCCUCAUCUCAAGCCAUAUCAGAUCAUUUUCUUGUUCUUCGGACUCAUCACCGUGGCAUACUCCGUGCUCGUUUGGUUCUUCUUACCAGAUUCGCCUGUUUCAGCACGGUUUUUGCACGGCGAGGAUAGGCUGGUGGCGAUUGAAAGAUUGCGAGCCAACAACCAGGGUGUCGAAGGCAAUGAAUGGAAAUGGUCGCACGUCAAAGAAGCUGCCAUGGACAUCAAGACCUGGCUUUGGGCUGCGAUGAUGUUCUCUAUCUCCGUUCCAAGUGGUGGUAUCUCGACUUUUGGUCCGCUUAUCAUCAAGAACUUCGGCUUCAACAAAUUCCAAACCAUCCUUCUCAACAUGCCAUUCGGAGCAGUUCAAUUGAUAGCGACCAUGGGUGGAGCGUGGGUGGCGACCAAGAUCAAGUGGAAGUCUCCAGUCUUAGCAUUCCUCAGUCUGCCGCCGAUUGCUGGAUGUGUGAUGUUGCUUCAAUUGCCGCGGAGUGCGUCGGAAAAAGGUCCACUGCUGGUAGCAUACUAUCUGAUAUCCGUAUAUCCUGGCAUUACACCUUUGAUAUACUCUUGGAGCGCGGGCAAUACCGCAGGGGAGACCAAGAAAAAGGUAACCACCGGAGUGCUCUUCGUUGCUCAAUGUGCUGGCAAUGUACUGGGACCCAACCUGUACACGACAGGCGAGGCACCGUUGUAUCACCGCGGGUUACUGUCGAAUCUCGCGCUUUUUGUUGUUUUGAUCGGCCUGUAUGCAGCACAGGUGUUGUUCCUCAUGAUGCUAAACAAGAAACAUGCAAAGACACGAGAAAGCCUAGGGAAGAAAGCAAAGAUAGUGGACAAGUCAAUGAAGAGAAUCAAGGCUAGAACUGCGGCUGCUGCGGAUGAUGAUGCUGAGGAGGAUGGAUUCGGACAGCAUGCGUUUGAUGACAAGACUGACUGGGAAAAUGAAGACUUUAUCUUCGUAUAUUGA